CGAGUGGGAGAUGGACCGAGGGCGCUCUUCCGACUAGCGAGAGGCGAAGAGCGACUCGUAUAGCAAGAACUAUUGAAAUAAUAGAUGAGAUUGGGUCGGUGUUAACCUACAGACAGAAAAAUAGUAGCCCAUCUUUCACAUCCACUCCACACACACUAACACGGCAUUGAUGGUAAUGUAUGCAAGGAAACAACCGAGACUCGGCGAUGGGUGCAACGACCGAAGGGAUUCACAGCCCUAUCAGACUCUUAAAUACUCAUCCAAGAGUCACCCCGGCAGCGAUCAUCGGCAUGACAAAAUGCGGGACAACAGUGAUGCCACCCCACCAUGUAAAGUGCUCCGGCGAUCUGACAGUCCUGAGAACAAACACAUCGACAGCCAUGGCAGACCGAAAGCCAUUCACACGCACAGGGGCAGAGACCGAGAUGGAGGAACUAGUUACUCCCCCCAGGAGAAUUCUCACAACCACAGUUCUCUGCACAGCUCCAACUCUCAUUCCAACCCCAGCAAAACAUCAGAGACACCGUAUGACCCUGCAGAUGAUUGGUCAGAACACAUCAGUUCUUCGGGGAAGAAGUACUACUAUAACUGCCGAACAGAGGUGUCCCAGUGGGAGAAACCCAAAGAGUGGCUUGAGAGAGAGCAGAGACAGAAAGAGGCCACUAAGACAGCGGCAGUGGUCAACAGUUUCCCCAAAGACAGAGACUACAGACGUGAGGCUAUGCAGACCACACCUGCCGCCUUCUCCAGCACCAAGUCUUCAGCUGCAGGGGAGAAGAUUUCCUCCAUCGCACAGUCACAGUCAUCCUCCUCUUCUGCUGGGUCUGGCCUAAGCGCCGCCAAUCCCGCAAGCUCCUCUGUUUCCACGGUUCCCGUCUCCCCAGUGAUGCAGUCGCCAGCCCAACCUCCUCUCCUUCCAGAUCCCUCCCUCCUCCGUCAGCUCCUCCCAGCUCUGCAAACAGCGCUGCAGCUCAACAACACCAAUGUAGAUGUGGCCAAGAUCAAUGAAGUUCUCACCGCUGCGGUAACACAGGCGUCUCUGCAGUCUAUGCUUCAUAAAUUCCUGACUGCUGGUCCAUCAGCCUUCAACAUCACAACGCUGCUGUCCCAGGCUGCUCAGCUGUCCAACCAAGCCCAGCAGUCGAGUCAGUCCCCGAUGUCUUUGACAUCAGACGCUUCAUCUCCACGGUCGUACGUUUCGCCCAGGAUCAGCACACCUCAGACUAAUGCAGCGUCUCUUAAGCCCCCCCUCAGCACCACACCAGUAACUUCUCAGAGCAAGGUGAACGCUCCUGUGGUAAAACCUGGCACCCUCCCCCAGCCAACCUCCCAACAGUCCCUCCCCUCAGACAAACACCACGACAAUGGCAACUCUCCACGCACACUGCAGAGACAGAGCAGUCAGAGGAGCCCGUCUCCUGGGCCAAACCACGUCGCUGGGAGUAACAGCAGUAGUAAUACUAGCAGCAGCGGUGGAGGUCAGGGUCCGGGCGGGGUCAGCGGGGCGACGCCUGGGAGCUCGGUAGCUGCGGGACCGGCCGGCAGACCGUCAUGCUCCUUCACCCCCUCGCUGGCCGCCCACUUCAACGAGAACCUCAUCAAACACGUGCAGGGCUGGCCUGCCGAGCAUGCUGAGAAACAGGCGGCGCGGUUACGCGAGGAGGCCCACACCAUGGGCAGCAUCUACAUGUCUGAAAACUGCACAGAGCUGAAAAACCUACGCUCACUAGUGCGAGUGUGUGAGAUCCAGGCCACGUUGCGUGAGCAGAGGAUACUGUUUUUGAGACAACAGAUUAAAGAACUCGAAAAGUUGAAGAAUCAGAAUUCCUUCAUGGUUUGAGAACUUGGGUUUGCUGGAGUGGGUUUUGGAAUAGGAAAGGGAGGGGAAAGGAGAAAGUGAGAUGGAACCCAUUGCAAACGUACGGAACCCAUGGAGAACCCGGAGUUCUGUCGCUUUGUGUUCUGGGGCCCAGUCUUACACUUAACCAAGCUGCAGCGACGUCUCGUUUUGGACUGAGGGGGGGAGUUUAGGGUGUGGCAAGGAUCGGAGGGUAGUUUGGAAG